UAUGUUCUCACAAUCUUUCUUUGGUAUCCAAGAGAAGAGCCAAGUUGAUCAAGGGUAUCCAGGUACCGUACUGUACUAGCUAUCUAGUAAAUAAUAACAAUGAGCCCUCGCGAUGAGAGUCUGAAAGAUGCUUUGACGGUUCAUCUGAAGAGUCCUUCAAGUAGUUAUCAGUCGGAUCAGAUUGAUCUGCCGCGGGAUCACUUUCAGACCGCCUUGAACAACGGCAGUGGCAGUAAUGUCCGACCAACGAAAGAGAAACGAAAGCUUCGAUAUGCCUUCCGUUUGUUGCUGUUGGCCUUAUUCGUGCUGGCACUUGUUCUCUCCGUGUUUGGGUUUCCUCGAAAUAAAGACCAGGGAAAUCAUGAGGUGAGCAAUGACAUUAGCAAUGACAGCAGCAAUGACAUCAUUCGUCAAGCCCUACUGGAGUUGAACCAUUCGAUGCAAGGCCGUGUGUGGAUGCAAGACCUGGACGAUCUCACUCUGUUUCAAGAAGCAGCUCGUGUUUGGCGCCAAGAUCGAGGAAUGCCUCAAGCGGUCGUGGAAGUUGCUACCGUGGAGGAUGUGCAGCUCUCUGUUCCCGUCUUGGGGCAUCUACAGAAGCAACAUGGACUGCCCUUUCGCAUUCGAUCCGGGGGGCACAACAAGGCAGGAUUCAGUACGGUGGACAAGGGCGUUGUCUUGUCUCUCAAACACAUGAAGCAACGUUCCAUUAUUAUUCAGGAUGAGGAUGAGGAUGAUGAUGAUGAGACUACUACUGCUCAAGGCAUUGACGUUAUGGCAACCAUCCAACCAGGAGCCAUUGUCGAAGAUAUCUUGGAUACGUUUCUGCAAGGAAAGAAAAACCACUCAGACUAUCAGUACACGGGUUAUGCCGGAGCAGUUGGUCAAUGUGGAAAAGUGGCCGAAGGUGGAUGGGUCCUAGGUGGAGGAGUCGGUUUCAUGGCACGUCUCCUGGGAAUGGGCAUUGACAAUGUUCAAGAAUUUCAAAUUGUCCUGGCCAAUGGAACACUGGUGGUUGCCAACCAAAUGAAAACGAACCGUCACGCCGAUUUAUUUUGGGCGUUACGAGGAGCCGGAAGUGGCAAUUUUGGUGUCGUGACAUCCAUGAAAUACAAAUUGCACAGUGGCGUUCCCGAUGAACAGCUAUUUCAGAAAAUCAUGAUACCCAAUGAUGACAACCUUGGCGACUUUUUAUACCAAUUGGGAGCGUUGAACACGGACCCAGAAUUCUUUGUCGUGGUGGGAGGUCGCGAAGGAAACAUGACGGCAGCCUACAUGUCGUGGUUCAGUACGGACAGCAGCUCCAUAAUGGAGUUUCCAACCGUGGGAAAUCAACAUUUUGAGACGCAGAUAAAACCCAUUCUACCACCGUCCGCCAUUUUCCAAGACACAUACCAGAGCUUUUUAUGGACCGAAUCGACACACGAAAUGUUUGAUAAACCCGGAUACUCCACGGGUGUUUGGGCGGCCCAGGCAUGGCAAGGAUUCCUCAUGCCCGUCAACAAUACACAAGACGUAUGGCAAACCAUUACCAAUAUCAUGGCAAAAGGGAUGGAACUGGCACCCAAUUUGGAACAUCACAUUGAAUUAUGGGGCGGAGCCAUUUCCGAUGUUCGUGCCAACGAAACGGCCUUUCCCUAUCGUGAUGCAGUCUACAAUGUCGGUGUGUUGCUCGUCAUUCUCGACUAUGACGAGACGGCCCCGAAACGAUUCCAAGAGCAAGUCGAUAGUGUCAAUGCCUGGUGGCCUCGAGUGGCCGAGUACUUGACCGGCUCAUACCUCAACUAUCCGAUGAACAGUCUACGACCUGAAGAGUACCCGAAUCUCUAUUGGGGACAUCAUUUGGAACGGCUCGUCGAAAUUAAGCGACGAUACGACCCCGACAACAUCUUUGCCUACGAACAAAGCGUUCCUUUGUAGGUAUAUAUAUGUGUGCAUGCAGUUCUCGUGGCUGGCCUUGCGAAUCAAUGAUGCGUGGGAGCCCGGGUUCAACCCGGUUUUGUGAAUACAGUUUUGAGUUAGCUUUUUAAAAUUCUAUUAGCAACAAAUUUUUGUCG